AUGAUGUAUUCCAUUCUUUUGUCAGCAAAAAAAUUAGCAGAAGAGCUAGAAGGAUGGCUGAGAGCAUGUGGUCUGUCUAAAUCUCAGGAUGUACGAGGUGUAAUUGCACCUCAUGCAGGUUAUUCGUAUUCAGGUCGUGCAGCAGCCUAUGCAUUUGCGAACAUAGAUCCAACAAAAAUUUCUCGAGUGUUUCUUCUUGGUCCAUCUCACCACUAUUACACUCCAAAAUGUGCUCUUUCAAGAGCCACGGUUUACAAGACUCCUAUAGGGGACCUACCUAUUGAUUUGGAAGUUAAUGAGGAGCUAAAAGCCACCGGAAAAUUUGGGCUAAUGGAUCUCUCAGUUGAUGAGGCUGAACAUAGCAUGGAAAUGCACCUGCCAUAUCUUGCUAAAGUAUUUGAAGGGUACCCAGUUAAAGUUGUACCAAUUUUGGUUGGCGCUCUUAAUGCUGAGAAUGAAGCAAUAUAUGGACAGUUGCUAGCCAAGUAUGUGGAUGAUCCAAAUAAUUUCUUUUCCGUGUCGUCCGAUUUUUGUCACUGGGGCUCUAGGUUCAACUACAUGCAUUAUGACAAAAAGCAUGGGGCCAUCCACAAAUCCAUCGAGGCCUUGGACAAGAUGGGCAUGGAUAUAAUAGAAACUGGAGAUCCGGAUGCAUUUAAACAAUACCUGUUGGAUACUGACAACACCAUUUGUGGGCGCCAUCCAAUUAGUGUUUUUCUCCAUAUGUUAAGGAUUUGCCCGAUGAAGAUAAAAGUUAAUUUCCUUCGAUAUGAACAGUCAAGUCAGUGCAAAAACAUGAGAGACAGCAGUGUAAGUUAUGCAUCUGCUGCAGCAAAGGUGGAUACAUGA